CUUCUGGGCUGAGUCCCCGCGGGCCUCCCGGGACGCCCUGAGCUGUCCCCGGGGGCUGACUCUCCCCGCUGGGGAGAAGGGUUGGGAGGGAGGGCUGGCUCCCUGCUCGGGGUUCCCCGGCCUCUCCUCGGGCCCCCGGGUGCCCCUGCUGCUUCCUUUCCCCCAUCGAAGCUCAGCCCUGGCCGCACUCGCCGUUUCCAGGCCUUUGCAGCCGGUGUGUUGUUCAGCAGCGGAUCUGUUGACUUGAGCUGCACUAAACCCCACGUUUUGGGGGGUAAAAAGGUGGAUCACUGUUCUCCGCGACGGUAGCAGAGAGGAGCAGCUCAUCAUGCCGACGGUGGUGGUGAUGGACGUGUCGCUCUCCAUGACACGGCCAGUGUCGGUGGAGGGCUCCGAGGAGUACCAGCGGAAACACUUGGCUGUCCACGGCCUGACAAUGCUGUUCGAGCACAUGGCGACCAACUACAAGUUGGAGUUCACAGCCUUGGUGGUGUUUUCAUCACUCUGGGAGCUGAUGGUGCCCUUUACAAGAGAUUACAACACGCUCCAGGAAGCCCUCAGUAACAUGGAUGAUUAUGACAAAACCUGUUUAGAGUCAGCACUGCUGGGGGUUUGCAAUAUUGUCCAGCAGGAAUGGGGUGCAGCAAUUCCUUGCCAGGUUGUUCUUGUCACCGAUGGCUGCCUGGGGAUCGGCAGAGGCUCCCUACGGCACUCACUAGCUACUCACAACCAGCGAAGUGAAAGCAACCGGUUUCCACUGCCUUUCCCGUUCCCGUCCAAGUUGUAUGUCAUGUGCAUGGCAAAUCUCGAAGAGCUUCAAAGCACGGAUUCCUUAGACUGCCUGGAACGGCUCAUAGAUUUAAACAACGGGGAAGGGCAAAUUUUUACCAUCGAUGGGCCCCUUUGCCUGAAGAAUGUACAGUCGAUGUUUGGAAAGCUAAUAGACCUGGCUUAUACACCAUUCCAUGCUGUUCUCAAGUGUGGCCACUUAACAUCUGAUGUGCAAGUAUUUCCCAGACCAGAACCUUUCAUUAUAGAUGAGGAAAUAGACCCCAUCCCUAAAGCAAUUAAUACAGAUCUAGAAAUUGUUGGGUUUGUAGAUAUAGCCGACAUUUCUAGCCCUCCUGUCUUGUCCAGACACUUGGUACUGCCCAUUGCACUUAACAGAGAAGGUGAUGAGGUGGGACCUGGCAUCACAGAUGACACUGAAGAUGAGAAUUCAGCUAAUCAGAUUGCUGGGAAAAUCCCCAACUUCUGUGUUUUAUUACAUGGCAGCCUGAAAGUGGAAGGCAUGGUGGCUGUCGUCCAGUUGGGGCCAGAGUGGUAUGGAAUGCUCUAUUCACAAGCUGAUAGCAAGAAGAAAUCAAACCUCAUGAUGUCGCUCUUUGAACCUGGUCCUGAGCCCCUUCCGUGGCUAGGGAAGAUGGCACAGCUUGGACCUAUUUCAGAUGCGAAAGAAAAUCCUUAUGGAGAGGAUGACAAUAAGAGCCCUUUCCCCUUGCAACCCAAGAACAAGCGCAGUUACGCACAGAAUGUUACCGUAUGGAUUAAACCAAGUGGCCUCCAGACAGAUGUACAGAAGAUCUUGAGAAAUGCAAGGAAACUCCCUGAAAAAACUCAAACCUUCUAUAAAGAACUUAAUCGUUUACGAAAGGCAGCUCUGGCCUUUGGCUUUUUGGACCUCUUGAAAGGCGUGGCAGACAUGCUGGAGCGGGAGUGCACCCUGCUUCCGGACACGGCGCAUCCCGAUGCAGCGUUUCAGCUGACACACGCUGCUCAGCAGCUUAAAGUGGCAAGUACUGGAGCAUCAGAAUAUGCUGCUUAUGAUCAUAACAUUGCUCCACUGCAGACAGACUUUUCCAGUAGCAGCACUGAAAGAAUGUGAAGUCUCUGUUUUGGGAACUUCUAUAGAUUAAGACUCAAAUGGUUCAAAUUUUAUUGUCCUGUUUACUUUCUAGAGCCUGUUUAAUUACUGUUUGGAGACCUUCCUAUCAAAACGGGGACCCUUACCUGCAUCAGUGCUCUCUAAAUAAAUGUAGUUUGUGGUGGCUUUAGUUAGACCGGGAAACUGUGGAAAGCGUCCCAAAGUCAAUUACUGUGAUGGGUGGAAGUUACUCAGGAUGCGUGAGGAGAGAAAGAAAAUGCCAUCGUAGGCAGCAAACUGCUCAUGGCUUUUGGCCUCCCAAAAAUAUGGUUACUACAUAACCAAACUCACUAGUAAAACUAUCCUAAAAGGCAGCUACUAUUACUUUAUACACCGACUUGAUGAGUCCAAAGAAAACAUAUGUAAGAAUCAUUGUGCAAGAUCAGAUACACAGCUAAUUUCAGGGUGUCAUUGCUAAUUUUAUACCUGACUUGUACUGCCAUAAUGAGAGUUAUCACUUGGAUUGCAGUGCUUAUGCUUGGGAAAGUAACUUAAUCUUGUGAAAUGUGGUUUUUAUUUGUGUAAUAUUAAUAAUAAAGAGUAAUUCUUCAUGAAAA